AUGGACGCGAAUAGCGCGGCGCUGAGAGCCGCGCUGCACAUCCUAUUGACGCUUCAGCAAGUUGGAGGUUACACUUACAGGAACCAGCGCAAAUUCACCGAGGACAUCGACUGGUCGUAUGCCGGAACAUUAAACCAAAACAACUGGGCCAAGAAGUUUCCAUCGUGUAGCAAUGCUAAGCAAUCACCCAUUAACGUGGAAGAGAGCCUGGCCCAGGUCAAGCUACAGUACCAGCAGCUGCGCUUGGAUGGCUGGGAAAACUUCACAGGCCAGCGCACCACCAUUAAGAAUGAUGGCAAAACUGUGGCAUUGGAUGUGGACGGUGACUUCUACGUCAGUGGCGGCGGAAUAAGUUCAAAGUUCAAGGUGGGGCGCAUCACCUUCCACUGGGGGCGCUGCAACGCCUCUUCUGAGGGCUCCGAGCACAGCCUGGACGAUGUCAAAUAUCCCCUGGAGAUGCAGAUUUACUGCUAUGAGCCACAUCGCUUCAACUCUUUCCACCAAACUGUCAAAGCUGGAGGACGAAUCACAGCCCUGGCAGUGCUUUUUGAGGUCCUGGGGGAGGACAACUCUAACUUUACCACCAUCAUCGACGCUGUCAACAGUGUUAGCAGAUACGGUAAGAGUGCCCAGGUGGCGCCCUUCUCGCCGAGAGCGCUUCUGCCUCACUCCAUAGACAAAUACUUCAUCUACAAUGGCUCGCUGACCACGCCGCCCUGCAUCGAGACUGUGGAGUGGAUCAUUUUUAAGAAUAGUGUGUACAUCUCAGCUGAUCAGCUGGAAGUAUUCUGUGAGGUAAUGACCAUGCAGCAGGCGGGUUACGUGAUGCUGAUGGACUACCUACAGAACAACUAUCGAGAACAGCAACACAAUUACAUGGGUCUGGUCUUCUCCUCCUACACCGGCACCGAGGAGCUCCUCACACCAGUUUGCAGCUCAGAGCCGGAGAACAUGGAGGCGACGGCCUACAACCUGAGCAGCCUCCUGGUGACUUGGGAGCGUCCACGGGCCGUCUAUGACUCCACCAUCGAGAAGUACUUGGUCAGCUACAAGAUGGCUGACGCAGAGGAUGCGACACCCUCAAAGUACCUGACAGAUGGAGAUCAAGAUGUGGGUGCCAUCCUUGAUGACCUGAUGGCCAACUACAGCUACGUGAUCCAGGUGGUAGCGGUGUGUACCAAUGGCCUUUACGGACGUACCAGCAAUGCCCUGACAUUCACCAUGCCCAUCGAAGUCCCUGGAAAUAACUUGAACCCAUAUUCAACUGAAUUUGAGUACGAGGAGGAGAACUACCCACCUGAUCCAUCACUGAAUGAAUCUGUACGAACAGAAGAUUACGAACAGUCGUGGAUUCCGACUGAAUCACCUCACUAUCCACCACAACAUGGCGUCAGAGCCACCAAAACAGAGUCGACUACAAUUGCUCCGACUUCUUCUCUGGGUACUCCUUGGCUACCCAAAGUCACCACUAGGAUUUCAUCUACGACUCCCUUGUACACAAACAAAAGAGAUCACCGAGGUGGCAUUGGUCCAAAGUCCUUCAGUGACGCAGGCCUGAAUAUGACAACAACAACAGUAAGCAGUUCUUGGAUGAAUGGCAUUAAAGGUGUACCCCGAAACGGCACUACCACGGCGCCAACUGGGAACAAGACCAUGACCAGGCCAAUGACCACAACCAUGAAAAAGACUAUGAUCGAGGCCUUGAACAGAACUACGGAAAUGACUGCAAACACAACUGAAAAAAAGAGCAUGACCAUGCCAUUGGACAAAACCACGACGAUGAAGGACGCAAGAAGAUUCCAUUUUGAUGAUGGGGUACGGGUCCAGGGUGAACCCUCACAGGAAUCUCUGCCGCGAGGGUCUACAACUCCCAUCAUCCCUCAUUUUUCAGCCACAAAGACCUCGGGAUGGCAGAGUGGUGUUCUUUUGCAGACCACACCGCCGCUCUCAAAGGGUGAGCACCUCUCUGUCCUCCCUGCUUUUUCCUCCCACUCUUCCCUUCUACACGAUGUCAUGGAACCUGACCCUUGCCCUUUCCCCUCCACCUGCUUGCAUGAGUUACCCACUUACUCCGCCCUGGACUCUGCCCUGCUACCUCGCCAAAUCCUUGCUUCUCACACCUCCUCUCACCUUGCUCUCUCUUUCGCUAAUGACUUAGUGUCUUUUUCUAUGGGUGACUUUUCCAAGGUGUCCCAGGUUUCCCUGUCCCUCAGCCCCACUUUGAGGUGGGACAAGCCUGUUGGUACCACCCUGCAGCCUCGCGAAGACACAGCUUCUCGCCCAACCAUUUCUUUUGCUGAUAACUUGGAAUCUUUCUCUUCGGGUGAUCCCGCCGAGGUGUCAGAGUGGGGGACGUCACUCUCUGAUGUGUCACUGUCACUGAGCCCCACCUUGCAACCGUCUGUUCCACUCUCUGGUGACUUCCCACUUUCCACCGCUACUCCCGGUCUGACCCCAUCGUUCUCCAAUGAAGUCGAGCUUUUAGGCUAUGGGACAGGAAGUACUCUGGAUACUUUUCUCUCUGAGGAUGGCGUUGACGGCCUCCUGGACACCAUGUGCGGUUGUUCCCUGGAGCCGUCAGCAUCCUGGCCUUAUGCAUCACCCCAAGUUACCCAUGGGGCCUUGAAUUCAGCCCCUGUUGCCAGUGUGGAUUUCUUAGCGAGUUCUUUGGGUGUCUUUGUAAGUUCUUUUUCUGUGGCAGCUUCUGGUGGCCUAGUGGUUUUGAUUUCUCCCUCCUCGUCAGUGCCCCCCCUUCUGUCAGCCACUAACAGUGAGCCCCCCCUUUCUAUUCCAGCGAGCACAUCCGAGCCCACAUUGUCACUGCCUUCUGGCCCCACGACACCCACUUCCUCUGAGGCCAGUAACGGCAUCUCCGGCUCAGGUUCCCACAUAGAUCAGGAGUGGGACAGAGUCCAGGUGUCCGGCUCGGGUGAGGGCACAUUUCCUCAUUCAACGAACCCACCUUCCACUACUUUGGAAUCUGGACAGACGCCCGAGGACAUGGAUGACCGCUCCUCAGCAUUCUAUUUUGACAGCGAGAGCGGGAGCGCUACAGGAUCCGGGCGAGCUGGCGCCGCCACACCUAUUACAACUUCAGUCCCCUCACCUACGCCUCUAGAGGAAAGUGGCUCGGGUCAUGCCGAGAACCUGUUCGACAAUGACACCUCCUCUGACUUCAGCAUUCCCGAGCAAACCCAGCAGGAGUCGGAGAAAGAGGAGGAGCCAAUGGCAGACGUGAGCAACAGCAGCCAUGAAUCUCGUGUGGGCUCCAUAAGGGAUGGCGAGAGGAAGGCAGUGGUCCCGUUGGCCAUCAUCUCCACGCUCACAGCACUAGGACUAGUAGUUCUCAUCGGCAUCCUUAUCUACUGGAGGAUAUGUUUCCAGACAGCGCACUUUUAUGUGGAUGAAAGCACCAUUCCCUGUGUCACCGCCAUGCCCGCUUUCACGUCUGACGAAAAAGCAGCACUUCCUGCCAAAGAUUUUGUAAAACAUGUUGCGGAGCUUCACCAAACCAGCGGAUUUCAGCGCAAGUUUGAGCUGUUAAAGGAGAGUUACGAGGAGGUGCAGGCGUGCACAGCGGAUAUGGUGAUGACCUCGGAGACAUCCAAUCAUCCGGACAACAAGAGCAAAAACCGAUACAGCAACAUCCACGCUUUCGAUCACAGUCGAGUGCGACUCUCGGCCGCAGCCGACAAGGACGGACGCAGUCGAGAUUACAUCAAUGCCAACUAUGUGGACGGCUUCAAGAUGCAUCACGCGUACAUUGCGGCUCAGGGUCCCCUCAAGUCUAGCAUGAACGACUUCUGGCAGAUGAUUUGGGAACAAAACGUUGGUGUCAUCGUGAUGAUUACCAACCUGCUGGAGAAAGGACGGAGAAAGUGCGACCAGUACUGGCCUGCCGAACUGCAUGAGGACUAUGGUGGCCUGAUGGUAACGCUCAAGAGUAUCCAAGAGCUAGCACACUACACCCAGCGAACCUUCACUGUCACCAACACAAACAUCAAAAAGGGCUCUCAGAAAGGGUGCAGCAUUCAGCGAGUGGUCACGCAAUACCACUACACCCAGUGGCCUGACAUGGGUGUGCCUGACCAUGCCCUGCCACUCAUCAGCUUCAUACGCAAGUCUUCACAGGCCAGGAUGGCAAACAUGGGCCCGGUGGUGGUGCACUGCAGUGCGGGCGUGGGUCGCACAGGCACCUACUUGGUGUUGGACAGCAUGCUGAGGCAGAUGAGUCAGGAGGAGGCGGUGGAUGUGGAUGGGUUCCUUCAACACAUUCGCAUGCAGAGGAACUAUUUGGUCCAGACACAGGAGCAGUACGUCUUUAUCCACGACGCCUUAGUGGAGGCAAUUAUGUGUGGAGAUACGGAGGUGGAGGCCUCGCGGCUUCAUGCGUAUGUGGAGCGGCUGCUGACCCCGCUGCAUGAUGGGAGGAUGCCUCUGCACAAACAGUUCAAGUUGCUGACUGCAGAAACGCCGAGCGUCCAUGACUACACAAGUGCUCUUCACAGCAACAACCGCCUCAAGAACCGAAGCGGCUCGCUGCUGCCUGUUGAAAGGUCACGUGUGCGCUUGUCACCAUCCGCGGGCGACACAUCUGAUUACAUAAACGCAUCCUAUGUGACGGGCUACAGACACAUUAAGGAGUUCAUCAUCGCCCAGAAUCCUCUGCCAAACACCAUCAAGGACUUCUGGAAGAUGAUUUGGGACCACAACGUACACAUCAUUGUGUCAUUACAGGGGGAGAUCGUGGAGGAGGCGAAGCCGUGCAUGUUCUGGCCAGGUAAAGACAGUCCACUCAACUUGGAAACAUUGACCGUCACUCAAACAGGCGAGAACGUCAUCUGCUUGGCCAAUGAAGAUGUGCUAGUUGUUCACCACUUGGCUGUGCAAGCUGCGCAGGAUGACUUUGUCUUGGAAGUUCAACUGUACAGCGCCCCUCGCUGGCCAAACCCAGACAGCGCCAUCAGCGACACCUUUCUACUGGUCGAGCUGCUCCGAGAGGAAACCACCUCCAAAGAAGGGCCCUCCGUUGUCCUCGAUCGCUUGGGCGGAAUCAAGGCCGGGACCUUCUGCGCUCUCUUGUCACUGAUUGGUCAGCUCCACGGCCAAAGGAGCGUCGAUGUCUUCCAAGUGGCCAAGAUGACAAACCUCUCCAGGCCUGGCACCUUUUGCAACACUGACCAGUUGGAGUUCCUGUAUGAGGCCUUGUUGAGCGUAGUGGAUGAGCAACAAAAACAAGAAGAAGAGCCAAGGCGGAGAAGCUCAGUGUCUCGAGAGCACAAUGGCACCCCCGGGUCAACAGGUGGCAGGGGUGUAGCUGAGAGUUUGGAGUCUCUCGUGUGA